CAAGCGGAUAGAUGAAGAAGACAACAUAACUAGCUACAUCCGAAAGAUAGAUGAUAUUGUAAAUGAGAUCAAAGAUCUUGAAGGUAACUCGCAGAAGAUGAAGUUGUGAAAAAGGUACUCAAAACUCUUACUAAAUACCCAUUGUGCUGUCUGAAAAAUAUCGAGAGUUAUGUCUGGGACCAUUAUUUUUCCAUCUUUUGCUCUAGCAAGAUAAUUUGUGAAAAAAAUUGUAGAAUUUGGAAGGAAAAUCUAUUAGUUUACAGUGUAUUGCCAUCAAACCCUUUCCACCCCUCCUUUCCCAGAAAACAUAAUCCUAGCUGGAAUGGAUGCAAUUAAGAAGUAUGGUCUGGCUGGGAUGAUAUGAAAUGCUUUGGGAUUACUGGCAGAUGAAGAGCCACGGUUCCAGGCCUUUUGUGGGCUCUUGCAAUUAUACGUUUAGUGUUUUCAUGGAAAAGAAGCAUGGGUUUUGUAAGGGUAUUCUUAAACGACAUGUUGGCUCAGAGACUAUUUGUGGUACUGAGGGAAAGGUUAAAAAGACAAGUUAUUUCCUUGAGAAGAUGCGAGAGAUUGGUUAUGGCACCACAAUUUUUUACAUACGAUUUGUUGAUUGACAGCAGCUAUAACAAAUGGUACCUGAAUGAAUCUUUCAAGCAUUUGGCUACGAGGGCUUCUAGAGGCACAUUGCCUGAUCUUUUCACUUCUAAUGCCUUCAUUGUUAAUAGGUAUAAGGAAUCCGAGAAUGAAGAAGCUUGUCAACUGUUCGACGGAAUGUGUAACAGAGGUUUAGUGCCCGCUGAGAUGUCUUCCGAUUCUUUGAUCAAAGGGUUGUGCGAGGAAGGGAAGACUCAUUGCUCAGAGCAGCCAUUGAAUGAAAUAGUGCAUGAACACAUAGCUUCAAACAGGGUUACUUACAGCACGAAGCUUUGUGAACAUUGUCAGAGGGGAAGUAUAUGGGACGCUUUCAGUAUUUUUCGGGAAAUGGAAUCGUUAGGCCUCGUGCCUGAUGCAGAUAGUUACACUGCUUUCCUCAGAAGACUCUGCAAGGUAAGCAUGAUACAGGUUGCCAUGGAUCUCUUUGAGAAAUUGAAGAAAAGUGGUUUAACCCCACAACUUGUUGCAUACACAAUCUUGAUUGAUGGCCUGUGCAAAGUAGGCAAAUUUCAAGAGGCUUCUGACCUUCUAGAUGAAAUGCACAUAAAUGGAAUCAGACCGGAUGCUGUCUCCUACAACAUUGUAAUAAAUGGAUUUUGCAAGGCAGAGAAGAUGCAUCUGGUUACAUGGUUUCUGCAUAGAAUGGGGGAAAGAAACGUGGUCCCUAACAUUCUCACAUAUGUAGCUCUAAUUCGUGGAUAUUGUAAACAGGGCAACAUAGAAGAGGCUUUCCAAUUAUAUCUUGAAAUGGAGCAGAAGGACCUUGCUGACAGUUUGAUUACAUACAAUAUGCUUAUCAAUGUAUUUUGUAAAGAAAGCAAGUUGUCAGAGGCAAAGGAAAUUUUGAAAACCAUGUCAAAGAAAGGAUUGGAGCCUGACUUUAUCACUUAUAAUAUACUAAUUGAUGGUUAUUGCAGAACAGGUGAUCUUUUGCAGGCCUUGAAUGUUCAUGAUGAGAUGGUGAAAGCGGGCUAUGCACCUAAAAUUUUUGCUGUAACUUCUUUUAUUAAAGGUCUAGGAAAGGAAGGACUAUUGGAAGAAGCACAUAAGCUGUUGCAUAAAAUGCGGGAGAUGUCAUUAGCCCCUGACACCAUCGUUUAUAAUAUGCUUAUUCAUGCCAAUUGUAAAGCAGGAAGAUUUCAGGAAGCUUUAAGAUUUAUAGGUGAAAUGAUACAACAAGGCUUCUUUCCAGAUGUUUGUACAUAUAAUAUUCUGAUCAGUGGAUAUUGCAAAGCAGGAAAAAUAAUUCAAGCGUUUGAGCUUUUCCAGGAAAUGCAAGUAAGGGGUUCAUCUCCAAACCAUGUUACCUACAAUGUUUUGAUAAAUGAACUGUGUGAAGAAGGUAUGGUGAAUGCAGCAUUAUCCUUGCAUAAAGAAAUGUUACGUAAAGGAAUUCAUGCUGACAUUAAAACACACAAUGCUCUAAUUGAUGGAUACUGUAGAGUGGGAAGGAUACGACAAGCAUAUAAGCUUUUCAGACAAAUGUUAACUGGGAAUCCUGUUCCUAGCAUCAUUACCUACAAUAUCCUCAUACGCUGGCACUCCAAGAAAGGAUUGAUCCACCGGAGUUUCGAUUUGUACCAUACAAUGUUGAAUAAUGGUUUUGUGCCUGAUAUACGAACAUAUAAUGCACUUAUCUUUGGACUUUGUAAGACAGGUAAACUAAAGAAAGCAAUGAAGAUUUUGGAACAAGUGAUCCAGAAAGAUAUAGUUCCUGAUCACCUGAUAUUUAAUAUGAUGAUUGACAAGCAUUGUCAACUUCUUGAUAUGCAGAAUGCUUUGAACCUUGUACAUAAAAUGAUAGUUUUAGGGCUUUCACUCAAUGUUGCUACUUACUCUAUGCUUAUUGAUGGCUUUCACAUUAAAGGUAAUAUACAAGAAGCUUGUGAGCUCAUGUAUAUAAUGGUGAGGCAGGGACAUGUUCCUCAUUAUAAUACUUACAUUAAGCUGAUUAAUGGAUACUGUAGAGAAGGCGAUCUUAAGGGAGCUUUUAGGCUGACAAAUGAGAAUGAGUCAUUAGGUGUUGUCCCUGCUUACAUUGCUCAUAGUGCUAUUGUAAGAGGAAUCUGCAAGAUUGGAAAACUGGAGGAAGCAACCUGGUUGUUACAUGACAUGCUUCAUAUGGGAUUAUGUCCUACUGUUGCUACCUUCAAUACACUGAUUGAUAGAUAUUGCAAAGUUGGUAAUUUAGAGGCAGCAUUCAGGUUGGCUGAUCUCAUGGUCGACUGUGGCUUGAAACCUCGAGUAACUACAUAUAAUGUGUUUAUAGCUGGACUAUGCAAGGAAGGAAAUUUACAAGGGGCCUUGAAGAUGCAAGGUGAGAUGAAACAGAGAGGUCUUUGGUGCAAUUCUAGUACUUACAGGUCACUUAUCAAUGGGAUCUGUAAGGAAGGAAACCUAAUUGGAGGGAAACAGCUCUUGAUGGAAAUGCAGGAAAGGGGUUUGAUCCCAAAUGAUUUUGUUUAUGAUACCUUGAACGAUAGAGAGAAUCUGAAUGAUGUUGUAAAGCAAGCAUUGGAAUCAUUGAAUUCCUUACAGAAUAAGUCGGUGAAGCCGAUGAGAAAGAAGCAAACUGCAAGAUACAAACCUCGCGUUUGACAGUCUAAGAAGUUAAUAUUGAUUGCCAGAAUUACUUACUGCCUCACCAAAUUGGUUUUUUAUGUAACCUUAAAGAUGAACAUUGAUCUCUAGGAUUAUAGGAAGACAUACUGAUUCAGUCGGUAGAGGACGCAUAUCUUCAAAAUACAGAUAUAAUUAUGUUAUAUAUUCAUUGAUGAUUGGACAGAAAUAUCUUGGGCAGAUAGCAAGAAACUGAAAGAAAAUUUAUCUCUAAACACAAAUUUUGGAGAUUAUGUACCGUUUAGAAUUGUAAAAGUAAGGAAACUUAGAACUUCCAAUUUUCUUAAUUCAUUAGAUGAGCACUUCUAGAUAUUCCUUGAAAGUCUAUUGCUGAGAAGGUGGUUUGUUGGGCAUUGCAAGGAACAUGGUAAGCUGUAAUUUAAUAGUUUCAAAAACGACUGUAAAUGGAUAACAAGAUGGGGUAGAGAAGAAACAGAUAAAUAAUCAAGGGUUUUCACAGGUUAAUAGCAGUUGUGAUCAGUUGCAGCACUACACAACAAAGGGUUAGCUGAAAAUGUUGGAAUGUAUCCAGCAUCUCUCCUUGGGUUUUGUGAUAUUGUUUAACUGCCUCCUGUGAGAUCUUUAACUGGAAUGGUAGUGGUUUCCUGAACAAGUGCAUCUUUUGGGAAAAUGGCCAGUUCAAUUCCCUACAGAAAAUACCCCAAAAAAGAUAACUCUAGGUUUGGAAGGUUGUAGGUCCAAGCAAGAAACAAUAUAAAUGCUAAUCUAUGCUAUUUGUUAUGCCGAAGGCAUUCUUUCUAUAUGAAAUGAACGACCUGUUUUCAGCGACCAACAAAUGACAAUGCUCUUUAAACAAUGCAAGAUAAGUGAAUGUUUCUUAGCCUUUGAGUUUUUGGUCGUGUUUUUUCAUUGUCUUUGGUUUUCUUGGCUCGACUUUGGAGCACCCGUAAAGUUUCUUGAAUACAUUGGCAUUUUAUAUGUCUGGUCGUUACUAAGUGAAAACCCUAAACAUUACAUUCUCAGUAUUUCUCUAUUGGGGACAUAAUCUUUGAUUCUUAUCUUGGGUUGCAGUAACCAGGGUUUGUUCUGAGUGCCAUGGUCAUUUUGAAGAUGUGAGAGAGCAUUUGACUUGUGAACAGAGCUAUUGAAUUGCUUCGGCUUCUUCUCCUACCAAUCAAGAAAUUUGGGGACAAGGUGAUAUGUAAAUGAAUACAUCUUCUCAAAGUUUUUGUGCAAAUACACCUUUGUAUGAAUCUUGAGCCUCUUUCUUAAUAUGAUAA